CUAUUCAGUUGACAAUCAGUGCACCACUGACUCAGUGUUUGGCAACAGUGGAGACAAUCAGCGAUUGUGUGACUGUUUGUCGUGAACACCGAUUGGCAACCAAUUGGACACAACUGGACAGUCAGUGCAUUCAUUGCAUUGUGGUGUCGGUGUAGUCACAGUAGUGGUGACCGCAUAUCAAUCAUUGCCAUCAAUGCCACCGUAUAUGACAUAUGAUUAGCCAAUCCAUACAUUUCUAAUGAUAUGGUGUUGUACUAGUGAUACGGGACCCAAAGGCACACAACACUUACAACAGGAGGCCAUCCGAAAGUCCAACGAAGCCAACAAGUCUUCAGCUGAAGUGUCGCAGAGAUAUAUCAAACUUCCGACAAAAUCUAUUAAUAGGUUGUGUGAAACCACUCGUAAUAGUAAUACUCAUCAAGACUUCAACAAAAGUCAAUUGAAUUGUCCGCCAAAUAGUUGUAUUAAUCAUAAGUCAAAGUUAUCUCCGAACUCACGCCUAAGCCUACCAUCCAAGACAUCCAAGAGUGUCAGUGUGUGUCCCCCCCUACCAAAGCCUCCUCUCACUAGUGUAGGUGUAAGUGCCUCGAAGUCUCCCUCCUCUCCCCCAUCCCUACUUAAACACUCGCCUAAACCGUGCGCUGUAUUAUCGCCUAAACCCCCUCCGCGUCCAUUGACGAGUCACCCGGGCAUGAGCUCCAGCACAUCCACCACAUCCACAGCCAUGAUGUCCCGACACAACGUACAACAGCACUCAUCAAUCAAUACGAGUGAUACGCUAACCAGUGCUCCAAACGAUGAUAAUGUGUGUACUGUCCCAUCGAAUCCAACUACUCGUGAGACCAGUUUGACUGCCAGUGCUCUCAAUGCCUCCAACUCAGCCUCCAGUCUUGAGCGCAAUGGUUGCCAAUCGGUUCCAAACUCAGCACCACUGCCCUCCACCUCACGAGACAAUGGGUCCGAUUGGAACAAAUCGGGCGCUUUCAUCAACAAACCCGCCCGCGGGUGGCUCCAUCCAGACCACCAGAUGACUGACCAGGGUAUCUCAUAUGCUGUCCGGUACGUGGGAUGUCUCGGAAUCAACACAUCGAUGAAAAGUUUGGAUUUCGACACCCGCUCACAGAUCGCCAAACAGUGUAUUCAUAGAGUCUGCGAAUUGGGUCGACUCAAGACACCCGACAAGAAGAGACGCCCAGACAAGCGAAUCACUCGCAUGUUGGCCGACAACCCCAAUAUGGAUAACGCCGGCGCUGAUGUCAAUCUAGUGAUCACCAGUUCUUACCUGCAUUUAUCCGUCAUCGAGACCCAAGAAAACAUAGCCACCCAUGAAAUGCCUAACAUUUCGUUUGCCUCGGGAGGCGAUGCCGAUACUCUGGAUUUCGUGGCGUAUGUGGCGAAAGAUCACAGGUAUGGCAGGGCUUGCUUUGUGCUCGAGUGCGGCGCUGGUCUCGCACAGGACGUCAUCACCACAAUAGGACAGGCGUUUGAACUGAGGUUUAAAGAGUUCUUGAAGAGGACUCCGAAAACUACACCCUUUAGCGAUAGAGUGGACGCAUCGAACGGUUCCAACGCUUCCCAUAUGUCUAAUAAGUUGAAUAUAGAAAACGAUGACACGAAUCGACUCGAAAGCAGAGAUUAUUACAAUGAUUUGCCGGGAAAGAUACCGCCAGACCUGCCAGACUUACCUCCCGGUGAAGCGGCCGAUAGGGUCCACUCUGCAGAUCACACGAGCGUACAACUGGCCAAUCAAAGGGUGCCACAGGCGGCCCCCCGGACUGGCCUUAAAAAGUGUCCACAAAACAGCCCUAAUCUCAUUGACUUGAAUAUCGAUAUUCAAGAGCAAAAUAUUGGGAAUAUAGGGGACAAUACUUCACAGACUAAAGAUACUAAUUGCCAACAAAAUAGCCGAUCAGAUCCCCAGUACGUCAACUGCUCGACUCAAGAGUCGCACGACAAUCAAAUUAAAAGUGAAUCCAAUUGUGAGCCCUCAACACAACCAUCGGUUAAAGACCCGUUUGAUAUGAAGCCGUUUGACUGCGCGAUAGCCGAAGCGACCAACAGUCCGGCCGCGAGCGCAGCCACGAGUAGUGUUGGGUCGCAACUGGAGGCCGAGGACUGGUUUCACGGACCCAUCAGUCGAAAAGAGAGCGAAACGCUGGUCGCGAAAGACGGAGACUUUCUGGUCCGCGAGUCCCAGGGCUCGGCCGGUCAGUACGUGUUGACGGGAAUGCAGAGCGGAAUCAGAAAGCAUCUGCUUUUAGUGGAUCCCGAGGGAGUGGUCAGUGCGAACGAAAGACAAGACCUUCGAGAGUGUCAGUCAUCUAAUCAAUUAUCACCGAAACAAUGGUUUGCCGAUAAUAUCGGCCGAAAGCGCUCUCGUCCUCAGAAAUGCUGUAUUUGUGAAGCGUUGAGAUCUGAGUCCAACGAUUAGUAUUUGUUUUUACAAUUAAAUAAUAUAUUGAAUGACGUUAUCAUCGGUUGUCUGAAUCUCACAAUUGGUGCCAAUCUUUGAAAUGAUAAAUAGUAUUAUAUUUUCAUUAAUUGUCAUUAGAAAUCAAAAUGUUUUUCAAAUGCGUUUAUAUAUGAUAUGUCAUUACAUAAUGAGUGCCUCUUUGUAACCAAAUUUUAUGAAUAUUUGUAAAGUAUUUAAUGUAAAAACCGGUCAAUCAUUGUCUUAACGAUUUAGUUGACUAUUGAGAAAUCAAACACUAUUUUAAUGUUUAAAAUAUUUUGUGACUUUUGUUUAUAUAUAUCGUGACAACGAAUUCAUGUAUCGAUCGCCU